CCCAGGACAGAACAUGCACAUACAGAACAGCCCACUCUCUACACCCGAGUUUCAUCCUUUCCCCAGACUCUGUUAUCCUCCAAAACCCAGCAUUCGGGGUCCCUCACAUCUUCCAGAGCCCCAGUGUGCGCAUGUGGAGUGUGGUGUGCUUUGGGGGGGGGGGGUGUCCGGUUGGGAGGAGGAUCCGAUUCCUGUUUCCUGCCCCUACUCACUCAGCCCCGGGAGGUGGCCGAGAGUGGAGAGGACUCGAGGGGGAUGACUCCAGCAGUGUACCCCACGCGCUGGAAGAGCUCAGAGGAAGAUGUCAGCUCAGUCUCUUCCUGCAGCAACACCCCCCACCCAGAAGCCCCCUCGGAUCAUCCGCCCCCGACCCCCUUCUCGCGCCAGGGCCGCCGCGUCCCCGGGGCCCCACCACAACGGCUCCUCUCCGCAAGAACCUCCCCUCACCGCCAAUGAGGCACCAACCCCAAUGUGUACCCCCAUCUUCUGGGAGCCUCCAGCCUCCUCUCUCAAGCCCCCAGCCCUUCUGCCUCCAACAGCUUCUAAAGCUAGCCUCGACUCCCAGACUUCCCCAGACUCGCCUUCCGACCCCCCCAGCCCAGUGUCCCGGCACUCCGUCUCCCCAGGGCCUGCGCCCCGGUCUCCAGUCCCCCCACCCAAACCCUCCGGGUCCCUCUGCACGACUCUGCCCCUGCUCCCCACCACCCCAGUCCACGCCCAGGAUGGCUCUGCCUCGGCCCCAGGCACCGUGCGGAGACUGGCGGGCAGGUUCGAAUGGGGGGCUGAAGGCAAGGUCCAGGCUGCGGAUGCCCCGGAGCCGGGUCCCCCAGGGGGACUGGAUGUGAAUGGGGAGAGAGAGAACCCCCAGGGCAUCCUCACUGGGAGCGGGUCCCAUGAGAACGGCACUCCAGAUGCUGUGCUGGCCUGCCCUCCCUGCUGCCCUUGUGUCUGCCACGUAGCCCGCCCUGGCCUGGAGCUCCGCUGGGUGCCAGUGGGGGGCUAUGAGGACGGCCCCAGGGCCCUCUGCCGGGCCUCCCCGCUGCGGACCUCCCGCUCGCGCCCCAGCCCUCCAAGCCUCAGCCACCCCCAAGUCGUCCUCACGUCCUACCGCUCCACGGCUGAGCGCAAACUCCUGCCACCCCUCAAGCCACCCAAACCAACCCGGGUCAGACAGGACACCACCAUCUCUGGGGAUGCCGCACGGCCAGAUCUCGAUCUGCCCUCUGAAGAUGGAAUCCAAACAGGGGACAGUCCUGAUGGCGCCCCUCAGAACGAUUCUCCAGCCACCACAGAGGGCAGGGAGGAAGAGGACCUGGAGAUGCUGAAGGAGCAGAACUGGGAGCUGCCCCUGCAGGACGAACCCUUGUACCAGACCUAUCGUGCCACUGUGCUGUCAGAGGAGCUGUGGGGGGUCAGUGAGGAUGGGGGUCCCUCCUCAACAAGUCCUGGGGAAGCUCCCACCUUCGCUCGGCCCCCGGGGCCUCGCAACACGCUGUGGCAGGAGCUUCCGGCUGUGCGAGACAGCGGCCUCCUGGACACCCUCAGCCCCCAGGAGAGGCGCAUGCAGGAGAGCCUGUUCGAGGUGGUGACAUCCGAGGCCUCGUACCUGCGUUCCCUGCGGCUGCUGACCGACACCUUUGUGCUGAGCCAGGCGCUUCGGGACACGCUCACCCCUCGGGAUCACCAUACCCUCUUCUCCAACGUGCAGCGCGUCCAGGGAGUCAGUGAGCGGUUUCUAGGGAAGUUACUGUCGCGCGUGCGCUCCUGCCCCCACAUCAGCGACCUGUGCGACGUGGUGCACGCGCACGCCGUGGGCCCUUUCUCUGUGUACGUGGAUUACGUGCGGAACCAGCAGUAUCAGGAGGAGACCUACAGCCGCCUGAUGGACACGAACGUGCGCUUCUCCGCGGAGCUGCGGCGGCUGCAGAGCCUCCCCAAGUGCCAGCGGCUCCCGCUGCCGUCCUUCCUGCUGCUGCCCUUUCAGCGCAUCACGCGGCUCCGCAUGCUGCUGCAGAAUAUCCUGCGCCAGACAGAGGAGGGGUCCAGCCGCCAGGAGAAUGCCCAGAAGGCCCUGGGUGCUGUCAGCAAGAUCAUUGAGCGGUGCAGUGCCGAGGUGGGACGCAUGAAGCAGACAGAGGAGCUGAUCCGGCUCACGCAGAGGCUGCGCUUCCACAAAGUCAAGGCCCUGCCCCUGGUCUCCUGGUCCAGGCGCCUGGAGUUGCAGGGGGAACUGACGGAGUUGGGGUGCAGGAGGGGGGGUGUGCUCUUCGCCUCCCGCCCCCGCUUCACCCCCCUCUGCCUGCUGCUCUUCAGUGACCUGCUGCUCAUCACUCAGCCCAAGAGUGGGCAGCGGCUACAGGUUCUGGACUAUGCCCAUCGCUCCCUGGUCCAGGCCCAGCAGGUCCCAGACCCAUCUGGACCCCCUACGUUCCGCCUCUCCCUUCUCAGCAACCACCAGGGCCGCCCCACUCACCGGCUACUCCAAGCUUCAUCCCUAUCAGACAUGCAGCGCUGGCUGGGCGCCUUCCCUACCCCAGGCCCCCUUCCCUGCUCCCCAGACACCAUCUAUGAGGACUGUGACUGUUCCCAGGAACUCUGUUCAGAGCCUUCCACACCUGCCAAGAGCGAGGGACGGAAUCUGGAGUCCAGGGCUCCCCCCAAGCACCUACACAAGAGCCCUGAAGGCUGGCUGAAGGGACUUCCUGGAGCCUUCCCUGCCCAGUUGGUGUGUGAAGUCACAGGAGAACACGAAAGGAGGAAGCACCUUCGUCAGCACCAGAGACUCCUAGAAGCUGUUGGACCCUCUUCAAUCUCCCCCAGUGCCCCCCCACCCUAAUGCAGGCUGUGGGGGGGAGGGGCACAAGUUGGGACAGCUAGCAGCCUGGCACAGAGAAGACAAAGCCCAUCCAUCCAUUGGAUUCUCUGUCAGUGGAAACGCUACCUCAGUGGCAACCAAUAGGGACCGAGCUUCCAGACUGGGCAGCCAAUGAGAACAGGGCCGUCUGAGCCCGCACGUGAGGGAGAAUGAAGAUGGCUUGAGUGGGUUGCCAAUGGAGACAGAGUCUUAGUGCAGAGCGGCAAGUGGGUGCUGAGCUAGCUGAGUCUCUGGCCAAUGAGUAUCCCAGCUGUGCUCACGGCCAAGGAAGAGGCGGCUAGGUCAAUGUAGCUGAAAGAGGGCUGCACUGGAGAUAAAGUCCUAGGAUACAAUAGCCAACAG